CUCAGGCAAAAGGAAUUUGACUGAGAGCCAAUAAGCGCAGGUCUUGCGUGAUCUCAGAUCAGGAAGCCACACUGGUAUGACUGGACUGAGGGCUCCAUCGUGUUUUCACUGCGCCGAAACUGCACGAGUGGGCUGUUGGUUUGUUUUGGGCGUUGAAGAAAACACGUGGGAGAAUCGUGUAUAUAAAGAGUGGAUGUAAUGAUGUGGCGAUUAUUAAACCACCAGUUAUGGAGAAGGCAAACGAACAAGCAGACAUGGUUUUAAUAGUGUCCGAGCCGGAGAGCCGCCUGCGGUUACAGUACCGCUCACUGCGGCGACAAGUGUUAUUCAUCCAGACCUUCAGCGUGCUGUUCUGCGUCACCUGCUGCACUUUCACGCUUAUGUAUCACGCAAACGCGUCCAUCUGCAAGGAAAAUAUCACUGAACAGCCACCUAGAACUGAGAUGCAGCGCAUUGAAUUUAAUCAAAGAGACACAACUUUCAUUCGUCUAAAAGUCAAAGACAGACUUGAUGUUAAGACAGGAGAUGUGCCAUGGUACAAGUUCACAACACAAGAUCUUCCAGAUUAUAGUGGAUACUUCACUUUGGCUGAAGAUGGUAAAUCUCUUGAAGUCCAUCGAUUGGGAACAUACAAAGUCUCUCUACAGAUUACGUACAGAGGACUUGAUAACUACAUCAAUGAAACCAUUCUGCAGCAGGAUAUUGUAAAAUAUCCUGACGGCUAUGAUGGACGCAUUCUUCUGCUCACUUCCACUGAAACGUUGAACUUUACAUCCCGGUACUGGAGAAAGAGUCUGUUGUCUGAAGGUAUUUUUUCUCUUCAAGCUGGGGAUAAACUCAUAGUAGCGUCCAACAAUCUGCCCCUCAUUGACAUUUCUCACCAAACAACUUUCUUUGUGGUUUAUCCACAUUUUUCAUCAUGGUGAAAAUUAAAGUAAUGAUGUAUUAUAUUUAUCUGUCUGAGAUUAGUUUUAGAUUCAGUCAUUUGGAUCUCAGAUAUGUUGUAUGGAAGAACAAAAAAUACAGGUACAAUGAUGGUGUCAUGGUAAAACUGUGGUACUUUGAAAUAUACCAGCACUGCUGUGUUAUGACAUGCUACUUUAAUUCACUCUUACCAAAACCAUAGUACCUGCUGUUGUUGUUUUUUUUAAUGACAGGAUUGUUGCUGCACAGUUCAUAUCAGGCAUUGACUUGCAUUUUUAAAAGCUAUGUUUGAAAGCAGUUCAGUUGUGGAGGACUUGUAAUUUUAUUGUAUUUUAAGUGAAUGAUGUCUGUCAAAGUGCAUAAACAUAUGUAAACAUGUUCUAAAAGCUUAGGGUUUGAGGUUUUAAUUCAAAGGUUCAAGAAAAGAAUAUGGAGUUAUGAGAAUGACCCAUAUCUCUAUACUAUCCCUAUAUUCACUUAUUUAGUGACUCUCUGCUCUGUUGUGUUUUUAUGGUGCUUCAUGGGUGCUGUCAUAGUUAUUAGAUGACUAUAAAUUACUUUUGGGUUUGCAAUUUACCGAAAUCAACAAGUAUCGUUUUGUAGGGACUUGCAUGAAGGAUCAUCUCAUGUACAUAUUCGAAGUUGCUUAUUUAUUUGGACAAAAGUCAUCAAUAAAU